AUGUCGUCCGGAGUCCAGGAAAUGCCUGGUCAUCACGCUGCUGCGUCGGGGGGGCAACCUCCUGGCAAGAAAGGCGGAGGGGAUGGUGGCCGUAAAGGUCCGUCCCAUACCAAGGAGCCGCGCCAGAAGGCGAAGGCCUUUUGUAUUCGGUGCAAAAAGCCCGGGCAUCUGGCGGUGGACUGUGAGUCCGGUAAGCUUCUGGACCAGCUCACCGACAUGAACAAGCGUGGUCUGUUGGGCUAUGAGAGUGUUGUUGCAACGCUCACUGGCUCCCUCCGAGGCUUGAGCUUGGAGUCACGCGCCGCCAACCGUCCUCAAGCGGCCUCGCGCCGUGGGGGAAGGUCCGGCCGUCGUGGUUUCGAUGUUAGAGAAGCCCGGAGAGCCUCGAGUGCUGGGCGCCAGGAGGAAACUUCUGGACAACAGCAGACCGAGGCCGCAGACACGGACCUGGACAUCCCGGACGCCGGAGAUGUUCACGGACCGGUCGCUCACCGGCCUCGAGGCGAUCAUUAG